CACAAAGUAUCGGACAUCAGCUGUAAAAGGCUUAUCAAACACGUGCAUUGUUUGUUUUGUAGUUUACACUGAAUUUAAGAAUAGUAAAAUGCCACAAGGUAAAUUUAAAAAAGCGAAGUUGCCUGCAGCGAUACAAAACAAAAAGAAGCAGCAGAAACAAGCAGCAUUUACGCGCAGAUCAAACGCUCCCAUACAAGCCAAGAAGGGCAAGUUCAAUGAGACACAGAAAAUCAAGGCCGUUAUAUCCAAAUCGGUUAACAAAAGUGUCGAAAGCGAACUGCGUUCGCGUGCACAUGAAGGAUACAUACAGCUAAGCAAAGCCCAGGAAGCGGUUGCCAAGCAUCAUGCGACGCAGGCUGCUGCUGCGGCUGCCGUUAGCACAAGUAAAGCCACGGAAUAGAUUUAUAUGACAUUAGAUAGGCAGCCCCAGCUAUAGAGACGUCGCUUGGAUCGUUGCACUAUAUCAUGGGAUUGCAGCUAACAUCGCUUACAAAUUAAGUUUUUGUAUAUAAGCUUCUUGUACUCUGGCAUAAUUUAACUUGUUAUUUAUACAGAAAUAAAAUAUUCCUA